GGGCCUCGGCUCGGGGGCCUAUGAGGGCUGGGCGCUGGGGGGCGGGCCGGACGGUGGCGGCUGCCGGGGGCGGCGGCGGCAGCGGCGGCGGCGGACUAGGGAGGCGGCGGCCUGGCUUGGCCUGGCCUGUCAGGGCGCGGGCGGCGGCGGCGGCUCCAGCACCAUGUCCCUGCAGUACGGGGCGGAAGAGACGCCCCUCGCCGGCAGUUACGGCGCUGCCGAUUCGUUUCCAAAGGACUUCGGCUACGGCGUGGAGGAGGAGGAAGAGGAGGCAGCUGCGGCCGGCGGCGGGGUCGGGGCGGGGGCCGGCGGAGGCUGUGGUCCCGGGGGCGCUGACAGCUCCAAGCCGAGGAUUCUGCUCAUGGGGCUGCGGCGCAGCGGCAAGUCCUCCAUCCAGAAGGUGGUGUUUCAUAAGAUGUCACCCAACGAGACCCUCUUUUUGGAAAGUACCAACAAGAUUUAUAAAGAUGACAUUUCCAAUAGCUCCUUUGUGAAUUUCCAAAUAUGGGAUUUUCCUGGGCAAAUGGACUUUUUUGACCCAACGUUUGACUAUGAGAUGAUCUUCAGGGGAACAGGAGCAUUGAUAUAUGUUAUUGAUGCACAGGAUGACUACAUGGAGGCUUUAACAAGACUUCACAUUACUGUUUCUAAAGCCUACAAAGUUAACCCAGACAUGAAUUUUGAGGUUUUUAUUCACAAAGUUGAUGGUCUGUCUGAUGAUCACAAAAUAGAAACACAGAGGGACAUUCAUCAAAGGGCCAAUGAUGACCUUGCAGAUGCUGGGCUAGAAAAACUCCAUCUUAGCUUUUAUUUGACUAGUAUCUAUGACCAUUCAAUAUUUGAAGCUUUUAGUAAGGUGGUGCAGAAACUCAUUCCACAACUACCGACCUUGGAAAACCUAUUAAAUAUCUUUAUAUCAAAUUCAGGUAUUGAAAAAGCUUUUCUCUUUGAUGUUGUCAGCAAAAUCUACAUUGCAACAGACAGUUCCCCUGUGGAUAUGCAAUCUUACGAGCUUUGCUGUGACAUGAUUGAUGUUGUAAUUGACGUGUCUUGUAUAUAUGGGUUAAAGGAAGAUGGAAGUGGAAGUGCUUAUGACAAAGAAUCUAUGGCAAUUAUCAAGCUGAAUAAUACAACUGUCCUUUAUUUAAAGGAGGUGACUAAAUUUUUGGCACUGGUCUGUAUUCUUAGGGAAGAGAGUUUUGAACGAAAAGGUUUAAUAGACUACAACUUUCACUGUUUCCGAAAAGCUAUUCAUGAGGUUUUUGAGGUGGGUGUGACUUCUCACAGGAGCUGUGGUCAUCAGACCAGUGCCCCCAGCCUGAAAGCCUUGACACAUAAUGGCACGCCGCGAAAUGCCAUCUAGUGCGAAAUGCCAUCUAGUCUGAAUCCUAGCGUCGGGGCUCUGUGCCAGCUUACUCUUCACUCCAGGGUCAGAUGCCACAUGCUACAGGACAUGGGAGCUGCUGCUUGUGGGAAUCUGGUGCCUGUCCCACAGGAGACAAGGGGUAGAGUUUCUCAUUUGGAUGAAAGCCCCUUCAACCAGUGGUGUACAACUGAAACUACAAUUUCUUUUUUGAAAAAUGGCAAAAAAAAAAAAAAAGAACCUAGAGACCACAGAACUCAAGUGUGUCUUUCUCCUCUUUUGGGUCCUACUUUAAGUAGUUGGGAUAUUUUGGACUUGGAGAUAACACCAGUUACCCAUCCUUACCAGGGAAUGUUGCUGUCAAUUCCAGUUGAAAAUAAUAGAAAAACUGAAUUUUUAUAUGCUUCACGUAGGCUUUCAUUUGAGUAGUCUCUAAAAAUCCUGCCUUGCUUAAGUUCUAACACUGCCUCUCAGAUUUCGAUUUUGGACGUUGCACAUCUAAGACCUUUUAAAUGCAUUUGCUUGCUAACUCAGAAGAGACACAGUCUGACUGCAGCAAAAGACAUUCCUGCAUUUGUUAUUGAAGAAAUAAGAGAAAAUUUUAUGCUGCAUCAGGUGGAGAGCAAGGCUCAACAGUGGCUGCAUUAGUACCCUUGGGAUGUGUUCAGAAAAGAACUUUGAAACAGAAGAAAAAUGUGUGCACCUAUGUUUUGGGUACCAAAUGCCUGCAUUCUGUCUCCUGCAUUAGAGAAAUGAUCAUGCUCAAUGUAACAAAGGGAAUGUAAAAAACUUGUUUUUCCCAUAGUGCCCUUCUAGGGGGGAAACUCAUUAUGUCACUGAAAUAGCUCACUUUUCUUUAAUCUUGAUAUCAACCUUUACAUACCUUUUAUUCUAUGCUGUUUAGAUUGUUUAUUGCGGUCUGUUGACCAUGAGUGGCCCUAAGGCACUGUUGGACUGUCCCCUGGGAGUUGGAGAGAGCAUGUGGUGCCGCAACGUGUGUGUUAUUUUACAUACUUUGUCUCCAGUAUUCUGACACCAGGUGUCAACUGUGGUACUUUCUUUGGCUAGGAUAUUAAUGAGUAAUUGUUGCUUUUUGUUGGUGGUUGAUACCCUAUCCAUUGAUUUAAACUUACACAUUAUUUUUAUUCCACAUGCCCAAUAGUCAUCUAUUCCAAAGCCACUGGACCACUUGAGUACAUAAGUGCCACUGUUUAAUGCAAUAUGUAUUUUCAGGUCUGUAACCUAACAGUGUGACUUGAGUGCUUCCUGCAGAUGAUUCUGACUGUUGAGUAUUUACAUGGACCAUGGUGAUAUCCAAAAGAAAAAUGCUUUUAUAUUUAUAGAUUAUUUCAUUGAACUAUAUAUAAAAUGGGUAUCAAUAAAUGUAUUUACUCCAAAA